AUGGCCGACGACGAGGACCUUUCCAUAGAUUUUGUGAGCCUGGGCAUGUUUAUUCUCGAUGACAUCGAGUUCAAGCCGCCCACAGCGCCCGUCACAAACGUCGUUGGCGGCGCCGGCUCCUACUCGGCCAUUGGCGCCCGCAUCCUGUCCCCGCCGCCGCUGUCGCGGUCGGUGGGCUGGAUAGUCGACUGCGGCUCCGACUUCCCCGCUGAGCUUCGACAAAGCAUCUCCGAAUGGGACACGAGCUGCCUGUUCCGCGACACGCCCAAUCGCCUCACCACCCGCGGCUGGAACGGCUACGGCGAAAACGAGCGUCGAGAAUUCAAAUACCUCACCCCCAAGCUGCGCAUAGAUCACGAAUCUCUGACACCUGAACUCACCAUGGCCAAAUCCUUCCAUCUCAUUUGUAGCUCAAUGCGUGCUGCUGACCUCGUCACCAAUAUCUUGCUUCAGCGUAAGACGCUGGCCGAAGACAAAUGGGUGAAUCUUCCGCUUUUUAUCUGGGAGCCCGUGCCCGACCUCUGCACGCCCGAAGAAUUUGAAAACGCUCUUUUGGCUCUCAGAUGCGUGGACGUCGUCAGCCCCAAUCACGGCGAGCUGGGCGGUUUCUUUGGACGUGACACUACCACGCCAGAAGGCGACGUUGACAAGCAGGCUGUUGAGGAGUGCUGCGAGUUCUGGUUGAAUGCCGGCGUCGGUGCCAAGGGUGAGGGGGCUGUGGUGGUGAGGGCUGGAAAGGAUGGAUGUUAUAUCGCAACGCGUGAAUUACGACGAUGGUUGCCUGCUGUUCACAAAUCACCUGAAAAGGUGGUUGAUCCUACUGGUGGUGGAAACGGCUUUCUCGGAGGACUGGCCGUUGGCUUGGUACGAGGCGGCGCCACGCCAGGAGUGCAUAAUGUGGAAGAAGCAGCGGUGUGGGGAAGUAUCGCGGCAAGCUUUGCGAUUGAACAGGUGGGAAUGCCGGUGCUGGAGAAGGGAGAAAAUGGAGAAGCUGAGAAGUGGAAUGGUGUCAAAGUCGAAGAUAGAAUCAGAGAGUAUAGACAAAGACUGGAGUCUUAG